CGCCGCAGCCUCCUCUCCGGCUACCUCAUCUCCUCUCACUCCUCCCGCUACCUCUUCCCAGCCAAACCCCACCAUCUCUCCCGACACCCCAUCUCUGCUUGUCACUCCCGCUCCUCUUCCUCUCCAGACAGUGCCGCCACCCCACUUCUACCCAACGCCCGCGUAUGUGCACGCCAUGCGUGUCGAGGGCGCUCACAUCAAUCUCCCCGUCCGCCUCGCCAUGAACGGCGCCAACUACACUGUCUGGCAGGGGAUGAUGCUGGACGCCAUCGAUCAGUACGACGUCGCCUCUUGGAUCGCGCCGGACUUCGCUGACCACGCCGGCGACGCAUGCUGGAACAUCGUCAACAAGGCGGUGAAGCGAUGGUUCCUCGGCGCGAUGGUGACGGAGCUUGCGGCCUUCAUGCUCGACCGGGAGGCCACCGCCGCCCAGACCUGGGCCUCCGUCGAGGCUCUCUUCGUCAACAACCAUCGGGCGCGGUGAUUCCAGCUCCAGACGGAGCUCUCCGAGACUCGUCAAGGGGACUCCUCAAUCUCCGUCUUCUGCGCCCGCCUCAAGUCCAUCUCCGACGCGCUGCGCGAUGCCGGCAAGCCACUGGACGAUGACGAGUUGGUCAUCCAACUUCUGCGUGGCGUCAACAAGGAUCGUCAUCAGACUACCGCCAAGAUUAUAGAGAAGUCCCCAACUCCCAUCCCCUUUGACGUCACCGUCGACAUGCUUCUGCACGACGAGAUCGGCAACAACUUCGCCGGCUCCACCCAUCACAGCGCCCUCGCCGUCCAGCAGCGGGGUCCGUCGCCCGCGCACUCGGGUGUGGCCUCCGGCGGCCAGGCUCGGCCGCCCGCCCCUGGUCUCGGCGGCGGCAAAACGUCUUCUCCCUCACCCAACUAGGGGCACAACAAACGCCGCCGCUACACCACCAACGGCAGGUAUCAAGGCGCCGCCGCUUCACCACCACCAUGGACGGGGUAGGUCUAUGCCUACCCCAUGGCCCUGCCUCCUCCACCACGCUCGGCGCCUGGCAUCCUCGGCGCACGGCCGCCACAGGCCCAUGCCGCCUUCAGCGGACCCCUGCAGCAGCAGCAGUACUCCUUCUACCCGGCCUUUCCGAUGCCAUUGCACCAGCCGCCGGCCUUCCACCACCAGCCGUACUUGCCGGCGCCUCCCCAGCAGCAACAGUACAACCCUCCACCGGCCAGCUCCGAUGCUCAUGGAGUUGAUCACGCGGCGCUGAUGGGCGCCCUGCACAACCUCUCGCUGCAGUCGCCUAGCGGUGGCUGGGUUGCGGACUCCGGCGCCUCCACUCACCUCGUGACCGAUCCCGGACUUUGCAACCAAGGCGGCAAUUCUUCGGUGCAACAGUGAAGGCGAGUUGUACGACGUCUUCCCUCCAGCUGCACCCGCGGCCCUCGCCGUCACCGUCUCACGCCUCACCGACCUCUGGCACCGGCGUUUGGGUCACCCCGGCGAUGCUACUUUUCGUUCCAAUAAAUCCUUAGAACAUUGUAAUAAACCUGUAGUGGAUGGGCGUUUAUGUCAUGCUUGUCAAACCGGAAAACAUGUUCGUCUACCAUUUACUUCCUCGACUAGUCACACUACUGCUGCUUUUGAUCUCUUGCAUUGUGAUCUUUGGACAGCACCUUUGUCUAGUGUUUCCGGA